GACUGUUGUUUGGUUGCGCUUGUAGGAUCCAGGGCUAUGGUUUAUUAUGACUGUUGCAGUUUGCAGUACUUGUAGUUGAGUUGUCUCUGGUAAUGUGCUCCAUCUCAAUGGUUCUUGUGGGGUGUAAUCCUUCCUCCACAUUUCAGUGCUUCAAAAGAGCUAAGAUUAUCAGUGAAAAUAAAGUCCUGAUCUGGUAGUCCCGCUGCUAUUAUUAAAAGCGCGUAAAAAAUUGUCUGUGUCUUCCUCGUGUAGCGUAUACAACUCGCCAGGCUCCGAUGAGCUGGCCAUGAUCCAUCAGUGUAAUACAAUUUAUUUUUGUGUAAAUAUCCGUACUUGUUCACAAAAAUGCCCGACACAGUCCUCGGGCGAAGAUCUUUUGGAAUGGUCCUUAUUUCCUUUGGCAACGAUGAAUCUGUACUGACAAAGGAACUGUAGCUUUCAAGACCCGCCAUGCAAUUGACAGCGAUUUGCGAGGGCGCGUGAGGGCUCACACGCCAUACAAGUUCACAGCCCCAGAGCCCUCGCAUUAAAGAGCUUGCGAGCCUAGGUAUUUUUUCACCCCUAGUUUUAGCAAUUAUAAUUACAGCACCCCAAGAGCAUGUAUAACAGUGCCAGAUUUGUAGCAUACAAAACACCUGAAUCUUUAUUUUGCAAAAAUUCACAAAAAUUUAAAUAGUGAUCUUUUCGACAAAUAACACCGCAAAAUAAUGUAUGAAUGAAACAUUAAGAUUAUUUAAAAUACCAUAAGAUUUCGAGCAGAUGAUACUACUCACAACCCUCGCAAUGUUUAACGGGGAAGAACAACACGGUUUAUUGCUUGUUUGAAGCUAGGAUGCACCUCUAGGGAAACAAAGUCAUUAUACACGUUAAUGACUUUGCUCUUAGAAUCUGUCUUAAUUAUGGCUUUAUAAUUUUCUAUAAUCAAGGGAUUCGAUACUGAGGAACGGACUAAAAGACGAAUCGACAGCAUGUCAAAACGCAGUUUUAACGCCAUCACUCCGGUCGUCACUUUUAGGGAUAUGUUGUGCGUUGAUGCUCCAUAGCGCGAGUAGAAGACAACGGUACUGCGAUCUCUCUAGUUUGAGAAUAUUCGCAUUGGAUACCCAAUGGAAGCACAUGCAUUAAUAUUCCAAGACGGAUAGUUUUGUUAUCUUAUACAGCCGAAGGACAUGUGCUGGGUGUACACCCCACCAGAAUCCUGUGACUGUUCCUAAAAAGUUGAUCCAUUUUGAACCAUUUUUGGAGAAACUGUUAUAAAGACGAGCUAUACGAGAUGUACGGCGACUUUACUGUCGUGUAGCAUAUACAACUCGCCAGGCUCCGAUGAGCUGGCCAUGUUGUACGCAUGGAAACGAACGACCGAGCUCGUAAAGUCUUUUUAGGAUGUCCACAAGGUCAGAGUAGGCCGUGGUAGGGCCAAAUUCAGGUGGCAAUAUGGUGUGGAGGCGUCCGGUCGGGAUAACGGAUUGGCAGACGAAGACGCGAGUCCGUGAGCAGUUUCGGACGCUCCUGAGGCAGGACAAUACCACAUAUCGGUUGUAGCGCCGGAUAAGUAAAGUAAAAUAGUAUUGCCUCUCUGUUGUCGACGGUGUUACUAAAAGGAGCGAAAACUAACAUUUUCGUUUAACUAUGAUAGUUCGUUCAAUUACCAAAUAGAUCUCAUAUAUUGCUUGCGGGCGUGAUCAAGUUCAAUUUAUGUGACCAGUAGCGCUAAGCAGUCAUUUGUACUCUUUGCUCUACUAAAUUCAAAUUGGGUAUCUGAUCGAAGAUUUUUUAUGCAAAUCAUUCAUUUGAUCGAAAAAGGAUCAUUUUUUCUAAGAGAUUCCUUAGACAGGAUAGUAGAGCCAGGGGUCUUCAAACUAUGGACUGCGGACCGCAUGCGGCCCGUGAUGACGUUGUUAAGACUAGAACAAAUAGAUUAUUGCAGGUAUUCCCUGCAAUAUAAUAGGAUAUACGCUAUUAAUGUAGCGUUAGCGUAUCUCGAUUAUUAGCGUAAGUCGAAUUUAGAGGUUUACAGUCAAAUUAAAGCUAUUUUUCCUAUAAUUUUACUUGAAGUGGUAGGUUUUUAGCCACUAAAUUAGUUAUUCAAUCUGAUUUCAACUGAAGAUUACAAUAUUGUACCUUUUAAAAUGGUUUUUAAAGUUCGCAAAAAAAAGGAAUUUAUUUUGCAUUUGACAUUUGAUGUGUAAAAUCAGUACGAUUUGCUCGAAAAACUGUCAAAUUUAGAAAGUAGCGUAUAGCGAAAUCGAGUGUAUCGAGUAUGGCGUAUAUCGGGAAAUACCUGUAUUUAAAUAUUUUAAAUCAAAAUUUCAAUGUUUACUUUUAAGUUUUAAAGAGAGGUUCAAUGAUAAAAUCUGUAUAAAUUUUAUAUUAUCAUUUGUUAUUUUCUAAUUACAAAGAAAUUUAAAUGUUCGUCCAUUAACUAAAGGUGGAAGUAAAGGGUCAAAAUAGCCCGCAACAACGAUAUUUGAGAAGCAAAGAGGCCCGCGAAGUGAAAUCUGUUGGUAUGAUUCGUGAUUUUAUGGUGUUUUACCAGGCUUCAAGAUGGUGACGACAUUCACUUCUCUCCAUUCUUGCGGGACGAUGUUGAAUUCAAACAUGAGGUUGAAAAUACUCAACAAUAGUUUAUUGGCCAUCCCAUUACGAGGUUAUGGAGCAAUUUGCAUCUGACCUGAUCCAGGCCUGAAGAAGAAUUUCUCUAGGAAAGAAGAGAUAUAGUUCUAACAUCGAUAACGGUGCAUCGGUGCUCAGGCGCAUCUUGAAUCUUGCAUUUUGCGCACGAACGAAAUUGGGACAAAGCUUGUAAGCGAAAUCUGCAGGCCAGUCUGCAGAAAAACUUUGGCUCUCAUUUAUAUUUUUGCUGUUUCGCAUCCUUUUAGCCAUUUCCCAAACUCAAUGAGAAAGAAGGGUGUAAAAUGUAGACAAACUUGCACUAGAAUCCCUUUGUUCGCCCUACACAGAUUUUUGCACAUUUUCUCGAGACUUUGUACUUUGUUUGUUUGUACUGUGCAAACAAAUAUGUGUCUGUGAAAGCUUUUAACGCCUUUUAAAGCUUUAACAUCUUGGUAUUAAACACCGCUUGAUCCUUGUCCCACCAAUGAGUGUGUUGCUUUUUAAAUGUCCUUACUUGAUGGGUGCCUCUUGUUUAGGCUGCAAGAACGCAAAGUUAAUCACUGUAACAAUAUUACAAGGUACUAGAUAGUAUCUUUACCAGUCUAUGUACCAUCCAUCUUGAUUCCUUCUCAAGCGUAGAAUAGUGCUAAUAAUGCAACGUUUUUCAAUAAGAUUGUCCAAAAAAUAUUACCCCUUUUCAAAUCUUGAAUUUUUGAAAAAGUGUACAAAAUGUCAACUUUCUUGAUAUGUGUUUCUGAGUCGUCAACUCGUACGACUUAACAACGUGUCCGUCAUAGGUUCAAGACCCGAAUAGACCGUGCCCCCAUACGUAGGACUGACUAUCCUGCUAUGGUAACAAUAAGUCACUGAAAGCCAAACUCACUUCACUCUGUGGGUACAGGCAGGCCUUGACCGACAACGGUUGUUGUGCGAUUACAAAAAAACAUGGAAAUAUUUUUUUUAAUAUCACUAAAACAAAUGCUGUUUUCGUUGCAAUGUUACUAACUUAAGAACAGAAAGCACUCCUCGCCUUGAUAUUAAACAAAAAAAAGGUGUAUGUGCUGUGAACACAGAUUUCGUCGCAGAUAAAAGACUCGUCGCUCAGAAACAGUUUCGUUUGUUUUAUAUUUUUAUUAUUUAUCUCUCAAAAAGUAAAAAAGUGUUUAAUGUUUAAAGUGUUUAAAGAAGACUCGACUUGCUGUGAUGAUGACUUUACUUGGGUAUACGCUCACAACCACCAUGAAGCGCCAAAGGCUUCCGUUGAAUCUGACCGACGAUCCGUUUCACAAACAACAGCAACUCGAUCGGUUCCACGUGACCAACAACGUAGUCGAGAAAUGUCAAUACAAAAAACUGAUCAAUGUCAAUCCACAGCUAACACAAUUGGUAUCGGGGAAGCAGUUCCUUGUGGCAAGCCACCCAGACCUUCACGGGAAACUGGUAGCCUAGAUCGACGGCGGAACUUACGCUCAAGUCGUCACGAGCGAGAUGGAAAAAGCCACAGUACACAUUCACUAAAAGAAAAUUCAUCUUCGUCCGAAUUUCAUAAACACGAUUCUAUGUCCAGCAAUCUCAGUUUAAAUUCUAAAGAUCAUCUGCAAGACUCGGGAAGCUUUCACAAUUACAACAUUAGUGGUAGCGGAAAUACACAUCAACGUCAUGGCUAUCCACCUCAUCCUCAAAAUGCAUGUACAAGUCCUAGUAUGUGGGAACCACCACCACCGCCGCCAUUGUCUCCUUGGGAUCCUCAAUACUACUGGAAUAAUCCGCAUUGUCGCCACCAAAGCAAAGAAGAGUUGAGAUUAAUCGACUAUCAUCGCCGACAGCAAGAAUUGUACCAAUAUGGAAACAGAAGUGGGCAAAGUAGUAUGCAGGAUUUAUCUUGCGCUAGUGGCUGCUGUAAUCGAAACUAUUAUCAUCACCCACCUCUGCCGGUUUGUUGCCCAUUGGAUCAUCGCACGCAAUGGAUCAACGAUGUUCAGCGCCAUGACACUGAUGAACGGCUACGACGUUUACAAAAGGACAAAGAAUCACUAGCUUUGCAAGUUAAAACACUUACGGAGCAUAUGCAGACACAAUCUACAAAAAUAAGUGAAUUGGAAAACAUGAUAAAAGAGAAAAAUCAGCUGCUAUCCAACGCAGAAGAUCUCCUGCAGCGAGUAAGCGUAUUUGCAAAAACAGUUGGCAUCCAGAUUGACAAACAAAAAGAAAUGCUUUCGAGAUCUUCGCUUGAAACACAAAAAUUAGAGCUCAUGUCAGCGAUGAGUGAGCUCAAACUUCAACAAGCAGCCCUAGAAAGAGAAAAUUUGGAACUUCGUACAACUUUUGUAACUAAUAGCGUGGCAUCUAGCGGAUUAUUCAAUGGAAAUCUUGCAAAUGGAUCAGGGAGUGGAUCAGCGAUAACAAAUGUGCUUAAUAACAACAGCAUUACGUCUAGUUUGCUCAGAAGACCUCAGAUUAUUACGAAUACUAGAAUGGUAGGCAUGUCCGCCUCUACUCCAGGAGCUUCAAUGAUCUCGUCUCCAAUACAUCAUGGCAGCCAUGGGAGUUUACAACAAGCAGCAAUUAGUCCUAUUACUCCGAAGACCCCACCGGCAUCUUAUCGACAACGUAUCGAUGUUCACUACAGUAGUCUUCCAAGACAAGCCUUUGCUACUACAUUAUCAACGGUUAGCACCUCCAGCGGCUCCUCAACAGCAACAGAUAGUAACGCCAACCCUAAACGAAACGUAGCUUUUGGUAAUGUUCGUUCUAUCAACAAACGAUUGCAACUACCUAAGCUUACAACGUCCAGCUCAAUGAAUGCUCUUCUGCUAGCCACAGCAUUGCAACGCACAGAAUCUAAUCUGAGACAUAUGAAAUCGGUAUCAGCACAAGAGUUAAUGUUCGAUGCUGCAUCCAAUGACCACAAUGAUGCAUCUCGAAUAAAAGAUGAAAUGAGUUGUUUAGAAAAUGAGAACCGUUGUCACGAACGAGCGAAUACUGAACCUCCAUCGGCAGCAUUAUUAGAUGACGAAGCAGGAGCAUCAUGCGUUCAAAACACGAAUGAAAAUACGGCGACAGAAACCGUGAAAAACUGUGAGAUGGAAUUAACAUCCGAUUUCGAUGCACUUCUAAACUUAGAGAAAACGUGUGAAAUUGCCCCGUUUGAUUCAAAGAACAAUACAGGACAAAUACCCAACGAAAUCGAUAGACUACGUGGAUUUUCAGUACCAAAUUUAGCUGAUGCAGAAAAUCGCGAUAAUGGGAUCUUAGAACACGGUGAAGGUGGUGUGCAGCCCACUCGCAGCUUCACCCCUCAACCUUCGCCAUCGCCGUCUAUGAGCCACAAAUUAAAGAACAUUUUUGGUAAGAUCAAAAGAAGCAACAGUGGAACCUUGGAAGAUAUUACAACUCCGGAAGGUGAAUUUAAACGUGGAGGAGUUCGUGCAACCGCAGGGGCUCGUCUGGGUUGGAGUGGAACGACUCCAUAUCGAAAACCUGAUAAACCGUUCCGCGAAUGGGAUGUAGAUACAAUCUGCCAUUGGUUCGAGCAUCUGGGUUUAAAUAUGUAUGAGGAAGAUUUACGAAAGUGGAUCAAAUCGAGCACGACGCCUGGAAGCGAAUUGAUGAAAGCCUCGCCAGUAGAUAUUGAAAAAGAGUUAAGUUUGCGAAAUCCAUUGCAUCGAAAAAAGAUAGUGUUAGCUAUUGCAGAUAUUUCGGGGACGGUGGGAGACGACGGGUUGUUUGAGAACGCUGGAAAGCUGGAUUCAACAUGGGUCCAGCGUUGGUUAGACGAUGUUGGUUUGCCCCAAUACAAAGAACCCUUCAUGGCGGCCCGAAUGGAUGGACGAAUGCUACACAAAUUGACGAUGGACGAUUUGGGCCAUUUGCAAAUAUCUUCUUGUUUGCACGUGGCCAGCAUUCGUCGUGGUAUACAGCUUAUGCGUAAUGAAAAAUGGAAUCCCGAUUGUCAUAUUCGUCGGCCAUUGCAACUCGGAUUAAAUGCAAAAGACGAUGUAAGGUUAUGGACUUCGCAAAGAGUUCAUGAAUGGUUACGAGCCGUCGAUUUGGCAGAAUAUGCCCCUAAUUUGCGUGGAUCUGGAGUACAUGGAGCUCUCAUGAUAUUCGAAGUUAAAUUUACAGCCGAACUUUUUGCUGAUUUAUUGAACAUUCCUUCAAGCAAAACAUUGUUACGUCGACAUUUGGCUACUCAUUUUAAGGAGCUUUUGGGUCGAGAUAUCAUACAGGUGAAACGAGAGGCUGAAAAUACCCUUGGAUUCCAACCACUGACAAUUACGGCAAAAAUUAAGACGCCUAAAAAGUCUCAAUUUUCCUUAAAACGGAAAAAGAGCAACAAAGGUGGCAAUCUGGGAGGAGAUGAAUGGAGUGAUUAUGUCUGCCCAAUGGGUGGUUCAGGUCAGGAACAUUUACCGCCUGCAUCUUCUUCAGCUUAUGAUCAAACUAGCACAAAUCAAGGCAGCAAUACUCCAAUUUCUGCUCUUUCUGCCUUUACGUCAAAUGCUUCUUCUCCUAAUACUAAUAUUGUCACUAGCAUCGCCAUGACGAAGGAUCCCUCAACGGCACCAAUUGCUUAUCCAGACAGCACAACCAGCAGCAUCUCCAGCACAACUACUUCCGGAGUCGGGUUGGAGCUUGCUUCAGUUCAACGUCAACCGUCGAGUAGCGCACAGUUAGUAACAACGCCGAUAGUCAAUAAUAACGGUGUCGAAUGUAGAGGAGAAGGAGGUGGUAGCGAUUCUCCACUAUCAAUACGCAGUUCAACUGCUUCAACCUCCUAGCAGAGGAUAUUUUCCUGUUCCAUCUCUUCGACCGCCUCUUCUCCUAUACUCAGCAAUUUAAUAAUGAACUACAAUCGUUCGGUGACGGCAGAUAACGACAAUAAUUCGGUAUGCACAAAAUUAACCGACAAUGUCAUUGCAUCCUUUUCUCCAGUUAAGGAUGUUUAUCCGAUAAGUUCGGUCAACCAAUCCAAUUAUUCUUCAACAUCGUCGCUGGUAUCAAACAAUUCUACAACAAAACAAAAAUCAUCUACGGUAACAAUAAUCGGAAGGAAAUUAGAUGCAGUUACACUGUUGUCGGAUGCAUCCCACAAGCAAGUGACAGAUGCUCCUAUAGAAAACAUUGCAUGUAAUAUUCCUGUGCAGCGAUCGGCAUCGUUUAACUCCGCAUGCACGGUGCCAUUGAGCAUAAGUAAAACAAUACAGGUGAAAAACUCGGCUUCGUUUAGCAAUUGCUCCAUUCUUGCAAAAGUGGCAAAAAAAAGCUCUGUCUUGGCAACUUUGACCACGAAUCCGGUACUUAAAAUUACUUCCAACUCGGUGACGAAUAUUCUAAAGCAGCAAAUGACAAACGUAUCCUCUGGUUCUGCAAAUAGCAUGACCAAUACGUACAAGAGCAAUAUCACUGAAACUCUUGCAAAUGCUGGCAAUAAUAACCGAAUACUACCUAUGACAAAUAAAUCGGCUAGUGGUGGUAGCCUUUCCUCAUCUACUGGUCAGCUUCCUUCGUCUUCUUUGACUUCUCUUUCAUCAGGCGCGUCUUCUGUUAUGAAUGGCCCAGCAGGUGGUCAUCCAUUAUCACUUAAUCAAUCCAUUAGUACGACAGCUCUUUCGCUGGCACAAUUAAAAAAUAAUAGUACUUGUGAUUAUUACGUAUGAAUAAGUCAACGGAAUAUCCGGAAUAUACAUAUGCUUGAAUGAAAACAUAGUUUUGCAACAGCUAAUGUAUGUCGCAAUAAUACAUAAGUCAGUGUGAUUCUAUCAGUAUGCAACAUAAACAAAUUUAAAUGAAACAACCCUCUACAUUCGAGCUAUGGUUAAAUUUUUGAUAGAAUGUUAUAAAAUUGAUUCAAUGACUAGUGAUAAUCGCAAAUGAAUAACAUUUCAAGUAGCAAGUUGCAGAAACACACAAAGCGGCAUUGUCACAAUGUAUAAUCAACGACAUUUGUAGUAUGACGAAUUUAAAGAACGUUAUUUUCACUUAUUAGACUGGUACCACUGUGCUGUAUGCCGGUAAUUGAAACCAUUAUGGACCAAAUUUAUUGUGGACAGUCGUGAAAUAGAUCGACAAAAAUAUUUUGGAAAUGUAGAGUAAACAAUAAAACAUCGAAGCCGCAAAGUUAGUAACGGUCGUUUCUUGAACGCUCCAAUUCUGCAUGAUACAUAUUAUAACACAGGGUAAAAUGAAGAGGUUUCUGGUUUACACUAUAAUAUUAAAUUUAUAUAACAGCAUACCAUUUGGAGCGAUAAAAAUUGUGGCAUGUAACAUUUUACGAAAAUAUUCCAAGCAGUGGUUUAUCAAAACACGACCAGAAUAUAAUUGAAAUAAAAUAUGUUACACGCUAAUGAAAGCCAAAGACAAUAAUCAGCUCUUGCAAUCGACACAUUGCAUAUAUAUAGGACAUAUCUUCAAGGGUCUGUAUUGUCUACUAAUGCGUUAUAUCAAUGGUAAUGGUUCAACCGUUACAACAUGACCAAUUUCAAUUUUUAUACCAUUUAUUGAUACAAAUCUUUCAAUAUCGCUGGGUAGACCUAACAGCUAACACUAUAUUCUGAAAGUCAAGAACGUUAGAUCGUCGAAAUUUAUUUUGCGUAAACAUUUUUUGUUUACAAUAUUCUGUUCAAUAUAUCCAAGUAUCCCAAUAGCAUUGGAGCAAAGCAAACAACCAAAUGAUAACGUUGUUACCAUUUUUGAAUUCAUAUCCUUAUACAAAGCAAAUCACAAUCAUAAUCGUUUAUCUAGAAAAUAAAGAGUAACGUACCAUGUGACGGUAGACGCUGUUGGUAUUCAUACAGAAGCUUCUUUUGGUACGAAGCAUAUUAUACUUUCGUUUUUAUAUCAUAGUUUUUUGCAAACACAUAGCAAAGCAGGAGUAUAACUAACCUUUGAAUACAUGGAAAAAUACCAUUCAUUGAAAAUAAUAUAGAAACAUGUUUAUAUUCGACUAUUAGGAAAUUGGCAUGUUAAUGUUAAUUAACGUAAAUCUUAGAACGUUCUUUACUGCAACAAAACGUAUACAUUAAAAUAUAUUCAUAAUAGAACCAAGGACAUUACUAACAACUGACGAAACCUGUCUAUAGAAUUAUCAAGGAACAUUUGCAAAUUAUGAACAAAUUCAAACAAUUAGUUGAAUGGUACCGGUGAGAUAUAGAAUGAUUCUAAAAUAAUCCCGUUGCACAUGGACACGAAAUGCCAAGUCACUUUAGAACGAUAGUAAACAAAAUAAGUAAACAGCAUAAAAUAGUCGAACCAGAACCUGUAAAUUCUGGAGUUAUGAUUCGAUUCCCAUCGAGACCUUAACCUCGUACAAAAGACUCCUGUUAAAGACCUGCGUAAGACCAGACCUGUAUGAGUCAUUUGAGCCAAGGUGCAGAAACAUAAAAUAAUAAACAUCAAGAAACAUAAAAUAAAUAGGUGUUCGUCCUUAGGAAAGGUAGGAAAGCAGAAACAUGAACCACCUAAAUCAGUUAAAAAAUUGAUCAGUAACGUGAAAAACGAUUUAUAAGCGCCUAGCAAAUUCAAUCAUUCAACCAAGUAGCAAAUUGGCUUUGAUGAUAUGAAUGCUCAUGCAAAAAUGACAUGAAAUGUUAAUAAAAUGAAAUAUUGGAUAAUUUUUUUGUGGAAA